UUUGCUGUGCCGUAUUCUUGUGAACAGAGAAGCUAUAAUCUGAUAGAACUUCCUAACGGAAUUCGUGGCUUUGUUAUAGCAGAUCCGUCAGAAGACUUGGCAUCUUGCUGCUUGACAGUGGCCACGGGACACCAUGCAAACCCCGAUGAUGUCCCUGGUUUGGCACAUUUGUGUGAGCACAUGAUCUCACUUAGCUCUAAAGACUUUCCCAAGAUUGAUGCAUACAGAAAUGCCGUGCACUAUGCAGGAGGAACUCGAAAUGCAUUGACAACCAAUGAAACUACAAGCUUUUACUUUAGUAUUCCCAUCACCGCCUCCUCAAAAAACCAGUCUGAUUUCGAGAACAUAUUGGAUAUUUUCACAUCUAACUUCAAGAAUCCCAACUUCGAAUCCAGCUACUCUAAUCGUGAGAUAUAUGCUGUGGAUAACGAGCACACGCUUAACAAAACUAAAAGGCACCGAUUAGCUUUUCAGGGGUAUAAGCUGUUGGCAAAUUCCAAGCACCCAUUCUCAAGGUUCUCGACUGGCAACUUUGAAUCAUUGACAAGUAGUACACAAAAUGGUAACACACAUUCACAGUUGAGCACUUUCUUUGCUUCUGAAUACACACCAGACAGGAUGGCAUUUGUCUUGAGAGGGCCUCAAUCUUUGAAUUAUUUGCAAAAGCUGGCACAUUCAAAGUUUGGCAAGAUAGGUGAGUCCAAAUUUAGUCACAGUCAUAUGCCUAAUGCAACAUCUCCGCUAAACGCAAAUGUAUGCGAACAAGUGUGGUCGAAAAGAUAUGAUUGUAAUGUCUACAAUAAGAUCAAUCUACAAAGAGCAGUUCUAAUAAACAAAGAUUUGGAUCCUCUUAUCCGUAUUGCAUUUCCUGUGUGCUUUAAAAAUUUGAAGAUGUUGACAAAAAAGCAGAUUAUGUUUUAUAUCAACUUUUGGUGUGAAACUUUUGGAUCUGAGGCAGAAGGUACUAUUGCUUCAGAGCUGUCUCGUAGAGAGCUAAUUAUCUCGAUUACAACAAAAACUAGUUCCAUUACGUAUGAUACGGUAUUACUCGAAAUUGAACUAAUGCUGACUCCAACUGGGACUUCAUACAUUUCUCAAGUAAUAGAUGUUGUUUUCAAUUAUAUCUCUCUAUUUACAAACAACAGUCCCAAGUUCACCAAACACUUGGCUAAAUCAAUGUCCCAAUUUAACGGUAUCUCCAUUUACAAUUUUCUUAAUGCUGGAGUAGAGUCGAAUUCUGCUUGGGAAGAGCGAUCUAUAAGCAAGAAUAUGUUACUUGAUAUCAGCUCAUUUGGAGCGUUCUUUGUCCAAGGAUUGCACAUUUAUGAUCGGGACACAAAAGGGUUUUGUGGUGGGUACUCAGAAAAUAACAACGCAAAAGAGUGGUGGAUCAAAGAAGCAGAAGCAUUUCAAUUAUUUGCAAAAGCUGUAUUAUAUUUAGGUAACUCGCUCGUCAGUUUCGUUGGCAAUGUUGCACAAGUAAAUUUAGAUUGGAUUAAACAAUUGCCCGAUAAUUACCAUACAGAAACAGAUUUUGAGUUUGAUUUCAAAAUUGGAAUGUUGAACCCCGAUGUUGUGAGUUUUGAUAGGAAAACAUAUAAUCUGGGAAUUGCACCUCCGAACAUGUUUGCAGAUGAUACGAUUAGCAAUCAAACAGCAUUACUUCACAAUGUAUUGCGCACAGUACAAAGCUCUGCUAACGCAGCUUUGGGUUAUUCCGUAAAAAAUAUAACUUUUUUGGAAAAGCCAAUUCUAUUCCAUCAUGACCAAGGGUGCCAAUUGUGGAUCAAAAAAGAGGUUGAUCCAUCUUUUAAAAACAAAGUCUUGGUCACACUGGAGCUCAUUAAUACAACAAUUGGAGCAAAACCUUCCCUGGUCAUUGCGUUGGAGAUUUUAGUUCAGCUAGUGAAGUUUAGAGUGAACGAGUACUUGUACCCAGCGUUUACCAUGAAUUAUUGUUACGAUUUAUUUCCAUCGUUUAAAGGAGACUCUGGUUUACUGUUGCACGUCAGUGGACCAAAAAACAAAUUUGAUGAGGUAUUGAAGGUUUUGAUAAAUGAACUCAAAUUAAUUUCAGAUUCAGUUGCAACAUGUGUCCCAAUGAAAGAGUUUGAAAAAGCAAGAAAUGCCGUGCUUCUGAAGUAUAAAAAUGCAGAAAGUAUGUCUUCAAUGGAAACUGCAUCUUUAGGCUUAAUGGCAAGCAUCGAGGAAAACACAUGGAUGCUAGAUCAAAGAGUUGAAUCUUGUGAAAAAAUGACGAUCGAAACUUUGUCAUCUGUAUUGCCCAGAAUAUUUUCUUCCUGCUAUCUAACAGCUUUUGUACAGGGAGAAAUCGAUGGACACCUGCUAAAAGACACAAUCCUUCCAAUUGUAACCAAACUUGUUCAGAAGUUUGAGGGAGAAGAGUAUCAGUUCCCUUCCUCUGUUAUGUUGCCACAAGGUUCCAAUUAUUUUGUUCAUUCAUUUACAAAGGAUCAUACAAAUUGUGUCAAUAUUUUUUUCCAAACAUCUUUGCGAGAUGAUAUUGUCAAACGGUCGCUAACAAAAUUUAUAACCUUCAUGAUGUCUGCAAGUUUAGUUGGUAAGAUCAGGACAGAAUAUCAGCUAGGUUACAUAGCAUUGGCAGGUUUAAAAUCGAUGAGAAAAACUUUGGGUAUUCAAAUUUUAGUUGUUAGUGGUAGCCACUCGGCGGAGACGCUGGAUUCAAAAGUAGAUAGUCUCAUCAUGGAAUGGUUUAAUCAAACUGUCAAGAAACUGAAGACUUUGCAACUAAAUGAUCUUAUUGACAAGUUCGUUACCUCAGAAAAGGCUUCAAACAGAUCUCUGGCAACAACAAGUGGACAGCAUAGUUUGUUUUUUGGUAUGCUUGGAAGUUCUGGCGGGGAUAAAAAAAUCAUAAAACAACAUAACAGCUACUGGGAGCAAAUUGAAAAUAAAUCCUAUGCUUUUUCAAAUAAUGAACAAGGGGAGGAUUCAAUUGAUUUAGAGAGUAUUCAGCAGCUUUCCGUUGAAAAAGUAGUUGACUUCAUCAAACUAGAAAUCCUUCCUAUCUCAGAAAAAAGAAGAAAGCUGUCUGUCCAAGUAGAUUCCAGAUGCUCGAAGGAAGAAAUUGAAAGUAAGUUCAAAACAAUUCAGCUAUACAUCUUCUUAUCGUCUAUGGGUUUGCCAAUUAAAAAAGAGCAUUUGGAUGAGAUUUUGAUUGAAUCUGGGGAUUCGCAAAUUGCCUUGGCAAAACUUUUGUACAAGUAUUUUAGAGGGAAAGGAAAAUCAAUGACCUUGAUAGUUGCAGUAAUGGCUAAAUUGUCAAAAUCUUUA